UUUUCAUUAUGCUCAGUUCGAUUGAGUUGAGGAAGAAGAAGGCGGGAGAAGUAAAAAGUGGGGGAAAGAGGGAGACUGCAGAUCUGGAAUUUGAAGAACCAAAACGACGUCGUUUUGGUCAUGAGGAGAUAGAUUGUGAAAAGAAGAGACCAAUUCAACCAGGAGAUGAUGAUGGUGGGGUAAAGAAGCAACAGAAGCCUGAAUAA